CUGCUCUCUCUGCUGGUGUUCAGCAGCAUCUCUCCAUCUCUCUGACCUCCAGCUCUCUCUCUCUCUCUCUCUGUCUCUCCCCGGUCCCGGUCUGGUUCUGUAGAGAUGCUGUGGUCCUGGUCGUGGUUCUGGCUGGUCCUGGUGCUGGUCCCCGGGUCUCUGGGAGCCUCCUCCCGGCUGUACUCGGAGGAGGACCAGCUGGUGAUCCUCAGCAGCAGCAGUCUCCAGUCCUCCGUCUCUAACUCGUCCUCGGCCUGGCUGGUCCAGUUCUUCUCGUCCUGGUGCGGUCACUGCAUCCAGUACUCCAGCACCUGGAAGGCUCUGGCUCAGGACGUCAAAGGUACCCCAAAGAGACACAUUCACAUUCACAAUACCCGGUUCGGUUCGGUUCCCGGUCUGUGCCGGUCUUUCUCCUUUGUACACACCAACACCAGACUCCGUUCAGAAUCCGGCUCAUUGACUUCAUCUCCGGUUGAUCGGUCAGACGACGACCCGUGUUACAGAACCACUGGCUGGGUUCUGGUUCUAGUAGAACCGCCUUUAGUUCGGCAUCAAUACAAUCCAACAUGGACUCUUAAUUAAUCUGUUAAUCACGGAUAAAUCUCAGCUCCGCGUCGCAACGCACAGCAGCGCUGGACCCGCGGAGCCGCUGAGAAACAGCAGAUCAGUGGAGGGAGUUCUGAAUGACAGCAGAGAGGACUCUGAUGUUACUCUGAUCAACACUUAUUACCACAAUAAGCAUUAUUAUAGCACUUCUUACUGUCAUCAACAAGAAGAUUAUAUCAUCAUCUUA